AUGACCAGCAUAAAAUAUCUCUAUUGCGCCCUUGCGUUGCUUGGGUUCCUGAUGAUAUUAUUGGCCAGUGGAAGUGUCAUUGCGGCGGUUCUGCUGAACAAGAGCCUACAGGAGCCCAUGUACAUCUUCGUCUGCGUCCUGUGCGCCAAUGGAAUCUACGGGAGCGUUGGCUUCUUCCCCAGUUUGUUUGUGAAUCUGAUUGGUGAGACGCAGACGAUCACUUACAUUGGGUGCCUGAUUCAGAUGUUCUGUAUCCACACUUACACCGCCGCUGAGAUGUCUAUCCUGGCCCUUAUGGCGUUUGACCGCUACUUGUGCAUCUGUAACCCCCUGAGAUACAACGGCAUAAUGACCCUGGCCGUGGCCUACAAACUCAUAGUGGCCGCGUGGCUCUUUGUUUUAAUCCCAUUCACCAUUCACUUCAUCCUGACCAUCCUGCUUCCGCUCUGUGGCUCGUCCAUAGUAAAGAUCUACUGCGAUAAUUAUUCCCUUGUGAAACUUUCCUGCGUUGACACCACAGUCAACAACAUCUACGGCCUGUUCCUCACUGUGGCCAUGGUCGUCAUGGUGCCGGCAUUUAUAGUGGCAUCUUAUAUUCAGAUUUUAAGAGUCUGUGCCCGGUCCUCCAUGGACUUCAGGAAAAAAUCCUUGCAGACCUGCACCCCCCAUCUCAUAAGCUUAACCAACUACGUGGCUGAUAUACUUUUUGAGGUUCUCCUCCAUCGCUUCACUUUGAAGAACCUUCCCUAUGAGCUCAGAAUCAUCAUGUCGGUGCAAGCCUUCGUGGUGCCUCCACUUCUAAACCCUGUCAUUUAUGGACUGAAAAUGAGAGAAAUAAAGCUCAGGAUAGCGCAUAUGUUCCAUAUAAACAAGAUAAGAGUGCAAGAAGAAUAA